GGCGAGUGUAGGCACAACUUCCGGAAGGAGGCGGAAGAGUCUCUCGGCUCUACGCUUUGGAGUCCCGGGACCAGUAAGGGGGUCACCGGGGGCACAGGAAAGGGCCGCUAGGGGAGAGCCGACCGCACUCGGAGUGUCUGGGCCGCGGGUCUGAGGGAUGAGGAGGGGCCAUGGCCAGCGACGGGGCCAGGAAGCAGUUCUGGAAGCGCAGCAACACCAAGCUCCCGGGCAGCAUCCAGCAUGUGUAUGGCGCCCAGCACCCCCCCUUUGAUCCACUGUUACAUGGCACUUUGCUCAAGUCCACGGCCAAGACGCCAACCACACCAGUGAAGGCCAAGAGGGUCAGCACCUUCCAGGAGUUCGAGAGCAAUACCAGCGAUGCCUGGGAUGCGGGGGAGGAUGACGAUGAGCUCCUGGCCAUGGCGGCGGAGAGCCUGAACACCGAGGUGGUCAUGGAGACGGCCCACCGCGUCCUGCGCAACCACAGCCAGCGGCAGGGGCGGCCCACGCUGCAGGAGGCGCCGGGGCUGCAGCAGAAGCCCAGGCCUGAGGCGGAGUCCCCCUCGCCCCCCAGCGGUGACCUCCGGCUGGUGAAGUCCGUCAGUGAGAGCCACACGUCCUGUCCUGCAGAAAGUGCCAGCGAUGCCACUCCUCUCCAGCGGUCCCAGUCUCUCCCACACUCGGCCACUGUCAUGCUGGGUGGGACAUCUGACCCCAGCACCCUCAGCAGCUCAGCGCUGAGCGAAAGAGAGGCCUCCCGGCUCGACAAGUUCAAGCAGCUGCUUGCGGGACCCAACACAGACCUUGAGGAGUUACGAAAGUUGAGCUGGUCCGGAAUCCCUAAGCCAGUGCGUCCGAUGACGUGGAAGCUCCUCUCGGGUUACCUUCCUGCCAACGUAGACCGGAGACCAGCCACUCUCCAGAGAAAACAAAAAGAGUAUUUUGCAUUUAUUGAACACUAUUACCAUUCCAGGAACGACGAAGUUCACCAGGACACGUACAGGCAGAUCCACAUAGACAUCCCUCGCAUGAGCCCUGAAGCGCUGAUCCUGCAGCCCAAGGUGACAGAGAUUUUUGAAAGGAUCUUGUUUAUAUGGGCAAUCCGCCACCCCGCCAGUGGGUAUGUUCAGGGGAUAAACGACCUGGUCACGCCUUUCUUUGUGGUCUUCAUUUGCGAAUACUUAGAGGCAGAGGAGGUGGAUGCAGUGGACGUCUCUGGCGUGCCCACAGAGGUGCUGCGCAACAUUGAAGCCGACACCUACUGGUGCAUGAGCAAGCUACUGGACGGCAUUCAGGACAACUACACCUUUGCCCAGCCCGGGAUUCAAAUGAAAGUGAAAAUGUUAGAAGAACUCGUGAGCCGGAUCGAUGAGCAAGUGCACCGGCACCUGGACCAGCACGAGGUGAGAUACCUGCAGUUUGCCUUCCGCUGGAUGAACAACCUGCUCAUGAGGGAGCUGCCCCUGCACUGCACCGUCCGCCUCUGGGACACCUACCAGUGUGAACCCCAGGGCUGCUCCUCUCCGGCUCCCCUCCUACCUCUCUCAUUCCUCUGCUCCCGCUACCUUCUGUGAUGACUGGGGAACGAUCCUUCUCUGGUUUGUCUUCUGGGAUUAAGUUUGCUUCCGUGGUGCUCUCCUGGCUACCUGCUCUUCCAGAAUCUUGCGCUGAAAGGCGGUCGUUGUGCGUUGGUGAACAGAGGUGGAAGGCAUUGCCACAAGCACAGCUCACAGUGUUUGGUGUCUCAGCCCCCUGGGAAUCUGCACGCCUGGACAGGAAGCACAGAGCUGGCGGGAUGCCUCCUUGGGGUAGGGUUGGCUCUCACUGGGCCUCCCACCCCCAGCAAGGUGUCACAGAUUCUCUGUCACUCUGAACAUGGGCUCAUUUGGAGAGCAGCAGACAGCCCAGAAAGCCAGGUCUGGAGUUAGAAUGGGAUGUUUUUAGUGUUUUCAUGAGCUCUUAUUUACAGCAAUUUGCAUUCAUUUUGAAUACUUGAUUCCAUUAGGAAAUACUGAAUCAUUCUGUAGUCCAGAAGUCAGGCCUGUGCCCUCUUGAUAUGGUGCCUCUGUGGCCUCCUGGUGCCAGCCAGGGAGGCCCCUUGGAGAGGCAGGCACAGUGGGAGAGCCCAGGGAUGCCACCCCCAAGGUGAGGAGGUGGGAGGCCAGGAAGGAAGAUGGGCUUGGUCCAUUUAGAAGGAGGCGGCCUGAUGGACGGGCCCCCUGGGAUGCACUGUGUACAGAGAGAGGACCCGAGACCCUCCCACCGUGGGGAGGGGUCUCGCUUGAGGUCACGCAGCGUGAUGUGCCCAGGACAUUGCCUGCCAGUGUUGUACCAGGCUUCUCUGUGGACGGCCCUGUGCUUGCCCGGCCACACCAUGGCCCCCUGCUCUGAGGGGCAGUGGCCGGAGGCUCUGCCUGUCUUGAGUAGGAUCCUGCUGUCACCAUGCAUAGCACUGCACAGGCUCUGGGCAGCCAGGACCGCAGGAGGGCGGCCUCCCUCAGUCCCCGGGCAUCUUCCUGUCCCUCCAGGUCACUGCCCCCAGUCAGGGACUUCAGGCUCACCAUGUGGCGGUGUCCCGUCUGUGUCAGCACAUCGUGGCUGCCUGGCAGGUCCUCUGCGGGACGCAGUGUUCUUCUGUUGAUGCUCUUGGGGUCUUGGUGGAAACCCCGGAUGCCACACAGCUGUGACAUGCUAGGCCGCUGGCUGGGCUUCCGUACACCUGCACACUGGCUCCCUCUUCUUUGCCUGUGUGGACACUGUCACGUCUCUGUCAUUUGAUUUUGGCACCUUCACUGUGUCCAAGUGCUGCCCCAAGCAUCGUGCCCACCAGCAGCCCAGGGCCUCAUUGCUUCCUGCGCGUCCCCUCCGGCCUAGGGGGUGGAGUCUUCUCCGCCACCUUCCGCUUCCUCCUGUUUCGCUGUCUUCCCUGCCUGCCUGCAGGUGGGUGGGCGUGUCUUUGUUUCUCAGCUCUGCAGUGGAGAAGGUGAGGGGUCAGCAGGGCCCCUCCUGCGAGGCAGAGCCUGGGGGCUUUGCUCUCCUAGUCCCCCUCAGUAGGGCACCUCCUCUCUGGAGGCCACAGCUGCCUGCAGGACCAGCAAGCAGGGCGGCCUGCCCCAGGGCUGCCUCGUCAGGCUCACCGAGAGGCCUCAGGAGCGCUGCUUUCCUGGAGCCCUUGAAGGAGAUGGACGGUGCUUCUCUCCCACUUGGGGCAGCAGUUCCCAGGCCUGUGAGGAUCAGGAGAGCAGAAGGACCAAGCCACCAGAGACGCCAGUGAGGAGGAAGGCCGCUGUGCACAGGUGGAGAUUGAGAGGCUGGUGUGGGGCAAACUCACGACGUAUUGUCAAGCUCAUCUGGCUAAGGAACCUCGUUCGUCAUUUCGUUGAAUGGGGUGACAGCAUAACAUUUGCUGGCGCUGGCUCCCUUCUGCGCUGCAGGCACUGGGCUGGGCUCCUGCGUGCUGCCUUGUGGGCGCACACACGUACCAGCACUUUCCAUCUUGCAGGAGCAACAGGAGGGGGCUCUGUGAGCUGCAGCUCCAGUCCUCCUAAGAAAUGGAAUUGAACCAAGGACAUGGGAAUGCUCUAGAAGGGCAGCUGUUACCAUGGGCUGUCACUUCUCCGCUGUAUGGAAGAGGAGACAGGCUGGGAGAGGACCUGACUCAUCAGUCACCCGGCUUUGCAGGGACCAGACUUGGUGUGAGAGCCACACUUUCCUUCCUGGGCCGCCAGAGCCUCUGGGCAGCAGCCAGUUCUGCGGGCUCUCAGCAAGGAUCCCUGACGCAAGUCCCCAGCACCCCUGGCUGCUAGGAGAGGAGGAAGGACACUCAGGGACCCACAGUGCAGAAAAAGAUGGGUGCUUUUCGCUGUUUUGGGAAAAAAGCAAGAUGUUGGUGGGAACACAUGGCGGAUCCUGAAGUCUCACCUGUCCAAGUUAGGAACGAGUGGGCCCGCCGCUGCUCAUGCUGGAAGAGCUGAUGGAGACGGAGAGGAGCCAGCCCGGGACUUGGUUUCCUUCUUCCUCCUGGCACCGCUCGAGUUGAGGGGUGCUGGUUUCAUCUGGCGGUUCCUCCCCAUUGUCUGUGUCCACUCCUGGCCCACCUCCCACUCCCACUUCCUGCCUGUGUGACUUACACUCCAUAGAGCUGCCUCCAGCAUCUGCUUGGGAGGCCUCCCCGCGGCCUCGCCAUGUCCAUCUGUUAGCACAGCUGAGAGCCAUCCCAGCGGCAGCUCAUUGCCGUUCUGGCCGUGUGGCUCUACUUCCUUCUCAGGCCCAUCGAAUCCUGGGCAUCCCUUUCUCCCUCGCUGAUACGAUAAGCCAAGAAAGGCGCUUUGCGGCUGAUUGAAGUCGAGUAGCAGGCCCGGUGGUGGGCACCUGGGCAGCUGCCAGUGAGUGCUGUUCCUGGGGAGGCCGGGCUGAUGACUGUGUACACGCAGUUGUGGGGCAAGGGUGAGGGGCUCAUCCAAUUCCCUCAAACCUCCCUCCUUCCCAUUGUUAGCUUGUCAGCAGGGAAGCUUUGUGGUGUGCGCGGCACAGGCCAUGGGGUGCGUGUGCAGGCCUGGCAUUCUUACCCUAAAGCACGAGCUGGGGCUCACAGCCCAGGCCCAGCAUGGCCCCGGGUUGGAGUCCUGACCACCCCUCAGCAGCUGGGUGGCCGUGGGCGGGGGGCCUGGCCUCUGAGCCUCUUUCUUGCCUCUGAAAUGGAGGAGGUGAGGACGUGAGGGCGUCUCGAGGGCACUGGCAAGAGCUGGGUGUAACACCACGUGAGUGCUUGCUCCCUCCUGGGGUGUUGGGGUCUGCCCCAAAGCCGGCCUUUGUGCCCUGCUUGGGGCUGUACCCCCUCUGCCUUUCUCUUCCUGUUGCCAUUGUCGUGAUCCGUGUGUGAGAUCUAGGAGGAGGACAACGCAGUCCUGUGAGUGUUUUGCCGCCAAGCCCAGAGCUGAUGCUGGGCGUGGAGUGGGUGGGUGGUUAAUGCCCUGGCACGUCUCUGGCAAACCGAUGCUGCAGUGGUCAUCUGGACAGAGGGAGGGAGGGAUGGAUGAAUAGAUGGGCGGGGGGUGGGCGGGGUAAGAAGCCAGCCCCAGUGGUGACUGUGUCAGUAUGCAUCCAAAUCGUAGAUCUCACUGAGAAUUUUGAUUAGGCCCCUAUCAGGUAUGUACAUUCGUGACAUUCAGCAAAGAUCUGUAAGGCAAGAACUUGGAGCCCGAUCCUAUGCUGUUAGCUGGUGUCGUGGGGGAGGCGCAGCCCCUGGCCUCAGGGCAUCUCAGCACUAGGUAGGUGUGGGGAGGCAGAGAGAGGCAGCCAGGCAAAGGAGCCACCGUGGAGAGGGAGGGAGAGGGCAGGCAUGCCCAGGAGGCUGGGGAAGAGCUCUUCUGGCUCUUGGGGCCGGGGGAAAAGGCCAUUGAAAAGCCCCUGCCUGUUGCUGGGAGCUGGGACGAGUAGGACAUAGUGUGAUGUGACCCUAUACACAUUUGGUGGCCUCAGCCGUAGUUGGGUCUGAGCUCUUGGGCAGUGGGCAUCCACCAUUGAGGGUCCUUGGCAUCCAGCUCCGUGGGAAGGAAGGUGGUGUCCGGGGAGCAGGACUCCCCAUAUCCCUUCCUUCAAUUGACACUGAAGAAGGACUACUCAUCAUCACACAAGAGCUGAGGAGUGUCCAGGUCCCGCGCUGGCCUGUCAUCCUGAGAACUGCCACAUCCAGUAGGUGCUGUGACGGCCACCGUACAGAUGAGAACAUCGAGGCUUAGCCAGGGCAGGUGCUCUUGUCCAAAGCCACCAGCUGGCAAGUAGCAGAGCACUGGGGGACAGGCCAUGCCAUGUGGGCGUCUCCACUGGCUGGCACCUGGGCUUUCUGCCAGGGUCCUGCUGGGCAUCCUGAACAUGCUGCUGUGGGCGCGCACUCUUCUGAGGCCUGGGGCCCUUUCUUGAUGCCGUAAGAGAGCAGCGAGAAGUAGCAGGUGAAGGCAGCAGGGGCUUGCACCGGCCGCGUCCCCCGCCUCUCUCGCCAGCGCCCACUCUCACUUUGCUUUUCAGAAGCCACAGCUUUACGCCUUCUUUCUGCUGGAGUCGUUUGAGCCGCAUGUGAAGGUUUUAAAGUUUUCUCCUGAGCACUGAAUUGUGAGUGUGUAUGUGUGUUUCUACCCCUGAUGUGAGCAAGUCCGUGUCUGUCACCCAAAGAUACUUGUUUAAUUGAGGGAUUUGGCAACAUAAAUUAUUUUAAGGGAUGCAGAAUGACAAACCUCCUGAAAGGCCGUUUUUUAAGCUCCCACCUCUAAGUGUGUGAGACUCAAAGGUCCUUUUUCUGUCAUGAGCUAACUGGAAUGAAAUGCAGGUGCCAUUUCUGCCCGAGCUCCUGCAGCCUCCCUGCACUUUCAGGUCUCAGCCAGCACGUACUUCUGGCAUUUAGACUUUAUGGUAACAGGAGGGAUCUUAUGAUUAUUACUAAAGAUGGUUUUGGAAGAGGACCAGCUGUGACUAUAAAAGUGCACAGUUAGAGUGUGCAAAUGAGUGCCGUGUUGUUUGUGUUUCACAGAAUAUGAGCUCCAGGCUGAGCUGUCUGCUCCGGGCCGCGGGAGGCUGCGGGAGCGUCGAGCAGCCGCCUGGUCUGCAGGGAACGCACGUGAAAUGGCCACCCUCCUGUCUGACGCGGACUCUGGGACUCAGGAUCCUGGAGAAAAGGCCUCAUUUGGACAGGACUGUGGCAGUUUAUGUCCUGGCUGUUGCUGCAUGUUUUAUGCCCUUGUCAGCUCCGUUUCUCAUGGAAACUGGGGCGCCAGGAGCCAGUGCCCCACGCACGUGCAGCGGGCGGAUCGGGCCUCCCUCCAGCCUCUGCGGCCCCUGUCAAGGGUUUCUGACUUUCUUUCUUUUUGGGGAAAGUUGGCAAUGGCUCAGCAAAGAAUCGCCAAAUCUCACAGGAAGCUGGUGUCAGAAAGGGCACACAAUUUCGUGGAGCCGGCCCAGCCACAGGUGCCUUCGGAGGCUCUCCUGGCAUCCCGCAUGUCUCAGGCUGCUCUGCUCCCAUCAUCAGAGUCGCAGAGGGCAGGUGGUCACUUGUGUUUCAUUGUCUUUGCCCAGUUAAGGUAUACUUGCAAGCCCCGCUGUGACACUCGGGAUCACUCAAGGUAACCACGGGAACUGCUCGCAUGUGGAGAGGUUGAGCCAUGCUGUCUUCCUUAUGCCCCCACCACGGUCCUCUGUGAAGGUGCCCAGAUGCUUUCCUUGGGGCAGAAUAUAGGGCCUGGCGUGCUCUCUCAGAGAUGCCAAGUGUCCUGGGCUUCCUCCUCCUCCCCUCACCUUUUCCUCUGCCUUGGUCGUGGUCCCUGCCUCGUUCCAUGGUUCUGGGAGCCCCUCGAGAGGGGGUAUCCUGUCCUGCUCGUCCUUAGUCACCAGCACCUGGCGGAGCCCCGGCUACACCAGCGGCCCUCACAGAGGCUUGGAGCACAGAUCCCAGGGCGGCUGGAGCUCCUCAGCACAGCCGUCCCGCAGAGCUGCACACGCUUGCCGUGUUUUGUCUCUUCUGUAGUCUCAGACAAGCUGGGCUCCAGCGUAUGCCGUUUCACCCGACUUCUUCCACUCUUCGUCGUCAUCUUGAGGUCCAGCCAGGAUUUCGCAUUGUCGGUGAUUUGUGUCUUUGUGUAGCGGAGUGGUUUGUCAUCGUAAAGGAUUCUUUCCUUAAAAUCGUUCAUCUGUUUCCUCCCUGCUUGAGGUUAGAAAGUGUGACAAGUCCAGGUGUGGUGGCGCACGCCUGUAAUCCCAGCACUUUGGGAGGCUGAGGUGGGCGGAUCACUUGAGGUCAGGAGUUCGAGACCAGC